AUGAGCAACAUGAGCGAGUCGAGCGACAUUCCUCUCUACAUGCGAGAGGAUGAGAAUGAGGAUGAGGGUGAUCUGGAGGAGGUAGAUAAUACCGAGCGGCCAACCGACAAGACGGCCAAGAUGGGCUCCUCACGUCCCGGCAAGCGAGAGGCAAAGGUUGGCGAGAUCCAGAUUGAUCCGAGAAUCAACUAUGCAAAAUUUUCGAAACUUGGUCCCGGUCUCGACUCUACCGCCUCUCUUCAAGAAGAUGGGACGAUAGACAUCUGGGUCAAGUUGAAGCAAACAGUACCGGACAUUCCACCCGACUAUGCAUUGACAGUAGAGGAAGAGGAUAUCGAUGCGAGUGAUGCCGCAAAGUGUCCUCCACUCAACAUUGUCAUCUUCAUCGUCGGCUCACGAGGCGACGUUCAACCGUACCUCUCACUCGCGCUCCAUCUCAUCCUCAAGAAUGGUCAUAGGGUACGGAUCGCCACCCACCCGGAUUUCAAGGACUUUAUCCACAAGGCAAAUGAGCGACUCAAGGGCAAGAAGCACAAUGGCAAGCCUCUCGAAGGAAGGCUAGGAUUUUUCGACGUCGGCGGUGAUCCAAAAUCCCUGAUGGCCUACAUGGUCAAGAACCCCGGACUGAUGCCCGGUUGGGAGAGUCUCAAGAACGGAGAUAUCGGGGCGAAACGCCAGAUGACUGCCGAUAUGCUGCAAGGAUUUUACAAGUCGACCUACUCACCCGACCCGGUCUCACAGCAGCCCUUUGUCGCCGACGCAAUUAUCUCAAACCCGCCCGCCUUUGGACAUAUCCACAUUGCCGAGGCCCUGGGCUUGCCGUGUCAUUUGACUUUCACAAUGCCAUGGUCCACCUCUACAGCCUUUUCGCACCCGCUCGUCAACAUCAUAGAUUCGAAUGCAGAUCAACGGUGGACGAAUUACCUCUCUUUCGCAAUGGCAGACAUGAUGACAUGGCAAGGCCUCGGGGAUGUGAUCAAUACAUUUCGUACCGCGACCCUCGGACUUGAACCUCUGACAGCGCGUUCCGGCCCUCCUGUCUUGGAGCGAACCAAGGUACCAUGGACGUACUGCUGGAGCGAGAGUCUGAUCCCCAAACCAAAGGAUUGGAAGGGCCAUAUAGGUGAGAAGCGCAAGGGUCUCCAGCUAAGUACAGACGUCUCGGGCUUUUACUUUCUUAAGGCGGACUCGGACUUUUCGCCUGAUCCCGAGUUGGAAAAGUUCCUCGCUGCCGGGGAACCGCCUAUCUAUGUCGGGUUCGGAUCUGUCGUCGUCGAUGACGCCGCGGCAAUGACUAGAACAAUCUUUGACGCUGUCAGACAAGCCGGCGUUCGGGCUCUCGUCAGCGCCGGAUGGGGAGGUCUCGGUGGUGCAGAUGUGCCAGAGAGCGUGUUCAUUCUUGAGGGCAACAUCCCUCACGAUUGGCUUUUCGCCGACGGGCGAGUCGCUGCGGUUUGUCACCAUGGGGGUGCCGGCACAACCGCCAUUGGAUUGCGCAAUGGACUCCCGACGAUCGUGGUCCCAUUCUUCGGGGACCAAAAAUUCUGGGGCGACAUGAUUCAUCACGCGGGAGGCGGACCCAAGCCUAUUCCCCAAAAGCAAUUGACGGUGGAAGCUCUGACAGACGCUAUCAAAGUGGCCACAUCCGCCGGGGCAAAGGCCGCAGCAGGGAAAAUGGGCGAGCAAAUCAGGUCCGAAAGUGGAGAGGAAAAGGGUGUGGAGAGCUUUCACAAGCAUCUGCCCCUCAAGGCCAUGAUCUGCGACAUCACGCCCUCUCGUACCGCUCAAUGGUGGUAUCCUGCCGCUCUGAUCCGCAUAUCGAAUGCCGCGGCAGGAACGCUUGUCGAGGCUGGCAAGCUCAACUGGAAGUCGCUCGAUCAUUUACGACCAAAAGAGCACUCCACUCGCUGGCGUGCGCAAGACCCAGUGACGGGAACGGCGACUGGGUUAAUGUUGAUGCUGUCUAACCAUUAUGGCGGCAUGGCACAAAUGUUCUACAAGCCGUCCAAAGGAUUCGUCACGUACGCCACGUCGAUUCCGCAGGGUCUCGCCGACAUCAUCGUCGGCAUGCACGAAGGUUUUGCUGCGAUCACCGCACGUAUGGGCUCCGAAGUCAGACCCCGGGGGACGGUCAAUUCGUUCUCUUCGGGGAUGAGGGAAGGUGGAAAGGGGCUGUUCUAUGGAUGGUGGGAUGGAAUCACUGGUCUGGUCACGGAGCCGAUUGACGGGGCGAGGAAAGAGGGGGCUGUGGGAUUCGCCAAAGGGGCAUUGAGAAGCUGGGUCAAUGUCCAUGUCCGCCCUGCCGCAGGUGUGCUCGGCAGCAUUGCACUGCCUAUCCGUGGGAGUUGGCUCUCUCUCCGACGCAAGGUUGCAGGCGCUCCGGAGAGAGCCAUUCGGGAACCUCAGGAAGCGCUCGCGAAAGCUGGUGCAGCGUCAUUGAGCCAAGCAGAGAAAGAAGAGAUUCUGCAUCGCUUUGAGGAGCUGCUGGACAGCAUUGAUGAGCGGAAAAAGGCAAUGGAGAAGAAGGCAAAGUUGUUCUUGAUGCGGGCGAAAGAGGCGGAAGAAGAGGCUGAAGCGAGAAAGAUUGGCAAAGGAAAGGAGUCCGAGACCAAUUGA